AUGAACACCCAUGUGGUUCAAACGAGACAACGCAUGAAUUUUCGUUUACUACAACUUGCUGCGAUAUCCUCCGCCACAUGGGGACCGAAACGUGAUGCCCUACGUGCCUUCUACCUGGCGCUAGUUCGAGCCCAGGCGCUUUAUGGUUUUGAGGUCUGGUAUUGGGAUGCGGCUCCCAAAUCACACAAACUCCUAGAUACAGGUCAAAAUAAAGCUUGUCGAACCAUAGUGGGCAUCCCAUAUGGAUGCCGCUCCGCCGACGCAUUACGUGAAGCCCGUCUUCUCCCAUUAGAGAUGGCAGCUAUGAUUCGGAGCCUCAAAUAUUUAAUGCGAUGCCAGACACGAGGUGAAUCCCUCAAAGAAAGCGCAGAGCAAGUUUAUCACGAAACCCAUCCAGUACGAGAAUUCUACGUACGCAUCAUGAAAAAUCUAUCCAACACUUGUUAUAGAGCCACGCGAGCCCCCUUUACUGACACCAACGCUAAGGUUCGGUUAACGCGCUCGCUUCUUCACAUCGCUGGAAAACGUAUCAGAUGA